AUGAAAGCUGCCCAAGCACGAGUCAACGAGGCACAUGACCAGAUCAAACAUCACACCGAGCUUUGGAACUGCAAGGAGGACUUGGAGCAUUUUAGCUCGAAGUGGUCAACCGAAAAGCAGAAGUACUGCUGCGCCCUCGGCAUGGGCUGCCUUGGUCAGUCAGGGUCGAAGUUGAAACCAACUUCCGCGGCCGCGGGUGGAGGAGAUGCCGUGGCGGAGGACGUGGAAACUCAUGGAGGAGAUGCCGUGGCAGAGGGCUUGGAAACUCAUGGAGGAGAUGCCGUGGCGGAGGGCGUGGAAACUCAUGGAGGAGACGCCGUGGCAGAGGGCUUGGAAACUCAUGGAGGCACUGGAAGCUCGGAUAAGGCCGCAGAGUCGAGGGGUAAAACUGCUUCGCCGGACUCCGCCACGGAGGACAACAGCAGGACUCUCACUGUCGAGGUGGGUAAACCUUUUGCGGAGAAAGUGGAGCACGAGUCAAUCAUGGGUACGACCUAUGAAGCUAUGGCUGGAUCAGGCGGAGUUUGGCCAAGCUGGCUUCAGUUCGAUCCCGUGCAGGGCCGGCUUUACGGCAUCCCAGCCGCCGUCAGCGAGCCGAUGUCGACUCCGAUCGAGGUUGCGAAGACAACCUUUUCUGGCGGUCAGUUCAACCAUGACACCUUCAGAUACAAGCUGGUUGUGGUACCUGCUGGUGCGGAAACAACAAGUCUGCGCACGACGACUGUGGUGUCCACAACAGAUGCAUUGACCGGAGCUGCAGCUACCAUGCUCGGUAUCAGUUCCCCAGCAGCCACUCCCGGUGCAACAGGAGGAACUGCACAAGGAACCUCAGCGGCAACCGGCGCAUCCGGAAGCAUAGGCGCCGGCCCCUCAGCUGGCACCCCCGGUGCAACAGGAGGAACUGCACAAGGAACCUCAGCGGCAACCGGCGCAUCCGGAAGCACAGGUGCCGGCCCCUCGGCUGGCACUGCCGGUGCAACAGGAGGAACAGCACAAGGAACCUCAGCGGCAUCUGGAAGCAUAGGCGCCGGCCCCUCAGCUGGCACCCCCGGUGCAACAGGAGGAACUGCACAAGGAACCUCAGCGGCAACCGGCUCAUCCGGAAGCAUAGGUGCCGGCAACUCAGCUGGCACCCCUGGUGUAGCAGGAGGAACUGCACAAGGAACCUCAGCGGCACCAGGCGCAUCCGGAAGCACAGGUGCAGGCCCCUCGGCUGGCACUGCGGCAACCCCUUCACCUGCAAGUGCAGGGACAAUGAAAGCAUCCAGCGCAGCGGCCAGCGAAGCUGCAACUGCCCCAGCAUCGCCGUCUACACCUGCAAGCCAGGGUGACACGAAGCUAGGCAUCCCAGCAAUGUCGGUCUCACCAGCAGGCACUGCAGCGACGCCGGCUUCGCCUGAAAGCCCGGCCGCAAUAGCGACAGGCACUCCAGCGCCACCAGUUUCGCCUGUGAGCCCGGCGUCCAUGGCAGCAGCUGAUGAUCUAGCAGCCCAAGCAGCAGCGGCGGCCGAGAGCACCACAGGCCCACCUGCAGGACCCACGACCAGUAUGGUGAAGCUUGUUCCAUCAGACAAGGAGAAAGCUAUUGCGGAGGAGCUCAUUCAGCACGAGGUGCCAGAGAAGUUGGCUACACUGGGCAGUGUGGGACACCUUCCAAGUCCCGGUUUUGGCGGAUGCAUCAUUCAGGAUGCGAUGUGCGACCCGCUUGACAUGAACUGGUCUCUAGAGGAGCUGGGAAGAACAGCAGAAGAUGCAGAGGACUGCCAGCAGCAGUGCCGGGACAAGGUGAAUUGCGCUUGCUUUACCUACUACGCGCACCUGAAAGCGUGCCACUUCGGCUCUGCCAUGUCCGAUGUGCGGAAGGACACACCAGGUUUCGUGGGUGGGAAGGCUUACUGUGACGAAGCCUUGCAGGGGCUUGCCCCUCACACUGUGACGCAGAUCAUUCGGAAGAGGAAGUGCAUGUCGGAUGUCUCCUUCGUGCCGGCGAUGUGCACGAUUCGUGCACCCACCACCUUCCUUGACGAUCCUGUCGACUGCCAGCACAGGUGUCAAGACCACGAUUGGUGCAGCAGCUUUGCCUACGACACGUUGACAAAGAGCUGUGACCUUCAAUGCGCAAACGCAACGCCGAUCCAUGCGCCGGUCUACACCAUGUCCGGACCAAAGAUCUGCAGUCUGAGCCUGGUCCUGGGCAUGACAUUGACGUGCCCAUGGAACUUUGACUAUGAGGCGGAGAAAUGGGCACAGGUGCUCGUCUCAGGUCUUGUCCAUGUCGUUGCGAAGAUCCGGACGCUGGGAGGGUCAAAGGCGAAUGCUGUGACUGCGCAGGAUGUGGGGGUCUCCAUGGACAAACCAGGCAACAGCGCAGACAAAAGCCGGAGCUACCAGCUGCGCAUUGAUGUGAACGAGCACUUGGCUAUGUACCUCUACUCGCUGCUGAAGUCGAAGUCUACAGGCUCCAAGUUCGACGAGUACACGGAAAACUUCACCUCCAACGCAGCGGAGACGGUCCUCAAGUCGCAGUGCCGUCCCAAGGUCAGCUUGGACUUUGUGAAGAAGGACGUGGAAGGUGCAAGCUUCCAGAGACUGGCACCACUCGGCCAGUCACUUGAUCUCAUGAACCACUCUGUCCAGCAGUACAGCGCCAGGAAAGCUGAGACCACCGACGGGACGAAGUUUGGCUGGCUGCUGAUGACCGUUGGCAGCUUCAUGGCCGUCCUGGCACUCUGGAUGCUCCCCCGAUGGUGGGUCCAAUUCUCCAAGGGGCAGUGCAUUCCCUCUUGCGAGCCCUGUCCUGAAGUGGACGUUCGACAGGCUCAGGUAGGCGUUCCCCUAAUUGAUGAGGAUCGUCUGCCGUCGGAAGAGGAAUUGAGACCGCAGCUCAUGCAGAUCCUGCAGGAGACCGACUCCCUGAUGGUGUAG